AUGUCCCUUCCUCCCGGGUAUGCUCAACUUCAGGGGGAGACCUAUCCAUCAAACUCAGUUUGCCGCCUUCGUAAAUCUCUGUACGGCCUAAAACAGGCCUCUCGCCAGUGGAACCAGAAGCUCACACUGGUACUUCUGAAUGCCGCUUACACUCAUUGCAAAUCUGAUCAUUCAAUGUUUGUUAAGCGCAGGGGGACUUCGAUUGUUGUCAUUCUGAUUUACGUUGAUGACAUCCUUGUGACUGGGAAUGAUGUCACUUUGUUCUCUGAGCUAAAAGAGGUUCUCCAGGCUGAAUUCCAGAUCAAGGACUUAGGCGAGAUGAAAUACUUUCUGGGAAUUGAGGUUGCUCGAUCUCAAAUGGGAAUUCAGAUAUGCCAGCGGAAAUACACACUCGAAAUGUUGGAAGAGUUCGGUCUCCUGGGCUGCAAACCAGCGGCCUCACCCAUGGAAGCAAAGCUGAAACUUUCACAAGAUGCAGGGGAAUUACUCGCCGAUCCAACAUCCUACCGAAAACUGAUAGGUAAACUGAUCUACUUAUCUGUAACGCGACCCGACAUCAGUUUUCCGGUUACGAAACUUAGCCAAUACAUGGCUCAGCCCAGGGAUACCCACUUUCAAGCUGCUUUGCGGGUUCUCAAGUAUCUCAAAAAUGCUCCAGGCCAAGGUUUAUACUACUCUUCGCAGAAUGAUUUAUCUUUGACAGCAUAUUCAGACGCUGAUUGGGGAGCCUGCCCUGACUCCCGAAAGUCUGUCACUGGCUUUUGCGUAUUUCUCGGUAACUCCCUCGUUUCAUGGAAGUCCAAGAAACAAAGCACUGUCUCCCGCAGCAGUGCUGAGUCUGAAUACCGAGCCUUGGCACAAACAACCUGUGAACUUCUAUGGAUUUCCUCAUUACUCAGCGACAUUCAGGUUCCACUUCUCAAUCCUAUCACUCUGUUUUGUGACAGUAAAUCUGCGAUACACAUAGCCACCAAUCCGGUUUAUCAUGAGAGGACCAAGCACAUAGAAAUGGACUGUCAUUUUGUGAGAGAUAAGGUGAAGUCAGGCUUUCUGCAACUUUCCCAUGUUUCAUCCUCGGAGCAAAUAGCAGAUCUAUUGACAAAGCCGUUGUAUAUCGAUCACUUUCAUCGUUUACUUAUCAAGAUGGGAAUACGAAACUUGUAUUCUCCAUCUUGA